AUGGACGGACGUGCCAAAGGUUACAUUGCUAAGCUCUCCUCUCAAGGCGCAUCCGAGACCGAGGAAGCUGGGGACGCUAUGGAAAUUGACCAGCCCUUAUCGACUUUGGCCAAGACGCUCCCACAACAGGACAAACUUAGCACCGACCUAAUCAGCAACUUCCUGCCCGACUUGACCAACUUCCUACACAAGAAGGACGAGGCUACCGUGAAGAGCAGCAAAUCUUUCGACUCCAUGGACAUCGUAGCACGGUGUGCCACCCCUGCGCAUAUCAUCAAGCUCGUGCUUCCAAUCAGGUCUCUUCUGAUCGAGAAGCUCAAUGCAAGGAUGGUUCAAAAGAUCGACGAGCUUUUGCGACGCAUCGGACUCGGUGUUCUUCAGAACCCCACGGUGAACAACAGGGAUAUCUUGGUAUUCUGCUAUGAGCUCAUCCAGGAGGCUUACGCUGCAACCACGACCACCGAGAAGAAGGCCAAGAUCGACCCCAAGAACAAGCGUUAUCUGAUCAACAACCGUGGAGCGGCCAAGUCUGGCGCGAGACUUAGCACCAACUCUUAUUUAUUCAAGAUGAUCCGCUUCGGCAUGGAUAUUCUUCGGACUGUGCUCCGCAAACACGAAGACCUCCAAACUCCCCAGAACUUGGCUGGCUUCCUUCCGAUCAUUGGCGAUGCUAUGGUGCAAGGACAAGAAGAAGUUCAGGUCUCGGCUGUGCGCCUUCUCUCCACCAUCAUCAAGGUACCAAUGACAGAGCUGGACACCAACUGUCCCGUGUACAUCGACGAAGCGAUGCGCGCCAUCAAGGGCGCACUGUCGUCCAACACGGAGCUUGCGCAAGCCUCAUUGAAGCUAGUCUCAGCGGUGCUACGCGAGCGACCAAACGUGCCGAUCAAGGAAAGAGAUGUCGGUCAUCUCCUCAAGCGCAUGAUUCCUGAUCUGGACGAGCCAGAUCGAUCAGGUGUCACUUUUGGUUUCCUCAAGGCUGUCAUGAACCGUCACAUUGAUGUUCCUGAGAUGUACGAAGCCAUGGACAGGGUGGCGGAAAUGAUGAUCACCAACCAGACAAAAUCCGCGCGCGACAUCGCCCGUUCGCACUACUUCCAAUUCUUGACCUCGUACACACAGAGCGAGAAGCGCUUCAAGAAGCAGAUUGAGUUCCUCCUCAAGAACCUUCGGUACGAGCACAUAGAAGGCAGGCAGUCAGUCAUGGAGGCGCUCGACCUCAUCAUUGGAAAGGCGUUACCUCGCUUCCCCGAGAAGGCUCAGUACGAGUACCACGGUAUCAUGUUCCUCCCGUUGAUCAACACUGUUGCGAAUGACGACUCAAGCAAGUGCCGAGAAAUGGCCAGCUUGCUCAUCAAGAGACUGUUCCAACAUGCCAGCGACAAGCGAUUACAAAGUUUUGCGGCUGACCUCAAGAGCUGGUUGGAGCAGGACGAUAAUGUUGGCCUGAAGCGUCUUGGUAUCCAGUGUUUCGGGUUCUACUUCGAAGCAUUGGAGGAAGAGGAAGAACCAAAGGAGGUGGCAUACGUUCUUGACCGGCUGGACGCAACGAUCGAUGAGUGCCUGACACGACGCGACGAAGACGACUGGGAGUUGUUGUACUACUCUCUCACCUUGCUCUCCAAGAUCUGCAAGAAGUACACCGACACUAUGUUUGCAUCGAACAAGGAUAGCCUAUGGACCGCAGUGCAAGCUAGCGCAACCUACCCACACUUAUGGGUUAAGCUCAAGGCUGCGGAGCUGUUGGGUACAUACUUUGCCCAUCUUGGUGUAUCGAACAAGGACACUGGACUUGGCGCUCUGCCUCUGGAGGGGUCAGGGGGUCUGCAACUAGCAGAGCAGAGCAUGACGCAGCUCUGCAACGCCUUCCUGAGGAACCUGCUCAACCCCGAGGUCUCAGAACAACUCUGUAUGCAAAGCGUAAAGAACAUUGCUUUCCUCGCGCGCUGCCUCGCCGUCAACAACGCAAAGUGGCACUGGCAGAAAACCGACGACGAGGAAGAGGCAGGAGAAGUCGCCGCCCCCACAAACGGCGCCGCAUCAGCUGUAGACGACGAAGACGACUUCAGUGGCUUUUCACCUCCACCCGAAACGAAGAAGACGGAGAGAGCGGAAGAAACCCCACCAACAGCCAUCCACCGCCUCAUGAUCCGCCUCUCAGGCAUCGUCCGCAAAGACAAAUCCACCAUGAACGCCAAAACAACCAUAAUGUCCCUCUUCGACACCAUCGCCGCGAAAUUCCCUCUAGAACCGCUUUCAUCAUCCCUCCCCCACCUCCUAACCACACUCUCCACCCUAACCUCCACCGACGCCACGUUCCCCAAAGCCAGCGCCGCCCUCGCUCCCACCUCCAACAACAACCCGCCUAUAGACCCGUACAAAGCGCUGUCGGAUAAGGCGCGCGAGGUCAUGAAUACGUUGCAGAAGCGGCUUGGUACGCAGGAGUAUCUUAAUGUUAUGGCUGAGGUGCAGCGUGGUGUUAGGGAGAGAAGGGAGGAGAGGAGGCGCAAGAGGAAGGUGGAUGCUGUAUUGGAUCCGGAGAAGGUGAUGAAGGAGAAGAGGAGGAGGCAUGAUGUUAAGAGGGUUAAUAAGAAGGCGAGGAGUGCGGGGGAGAAGGGGAGGAGGCAGGGGUGGUAG